UUAUUCUCUCUCUUGUGAGAGACCGUGACCCAAAAGCUUAAUUAAAAAAAUAAAGAAAAAAAUGAACGUUUGGCAGCGGAAAGAAUCUUUCAGACCGUGACAUAACCUCUCCCCAUCCAUCAAUGAAUCCAAGACUCCUUUCUUUUCUCUCCUCUUUUCUCCGCAUCGGUCUUCCUCUCUCUCUCUCCCCCCCCCCCAAUCAGACCCUAGAAACUAGAAAGAGAAAUCUAGCUCGCUCGGUAGCAAGAUGGCGAUCCAGGAAAGGCUCCUGGGACUAGCGAUGGAGUUCCGGUUCCACCUCCUCGCCGCCGCUGCCCUUGCCGCCGCCGUCUUCUCGCUCCUCAGCGUCGGGCCCAGCUUCGCCACCGUCGUAAGCUUCUUUUGGCCCCUCCUCCUCUCCACCGGCUUCUUACUCGCCGCCGUCGCCGUCCUCCUCCGGAUCUCACCCCCUCCGGAGGAGGCCGCCGCCGAGCGCACCGGGGAGGAGCUCAUCCACUACGUCGCCGGUCGUCCAGAGGAGGCUCCCCAGGAUCGGCCGCCGGCAGGAGUAGCAGGCGAGGCGGCGGAGGGAAACGAACGAGGAGAGGAGGAACACCCGAAGUCGCAGUAAAAAAGGGGGGAAACAAAUCUCUCUCGCGCGCAAUCCGCCGGAGGAACGGCUUAAUGGGAGUAUUUGGGCUACGUGACGGGCGCUGAUUGGAGGUUAGAAGACCGAACACCGGAUCCGCCAGAGCCGUCAGCCGGAUGUAAAAGUGUGCCUUGUAAAGAGGUGGAGGACAUUCAAAUGGACCAUAAUCUUUUGAAGUGGAUUGUGGAUAUUGUGGGAAUAUCUUAGGUUUUUGUGUGUUGGAUAUUUUGUUGCUGUCAUUAUCAUCGAGCAUCAAAGUAUUUAAAUUAUGUUGUCAUCCUUCAAAAAAGUGAAAUAGAUUGAUGUUGCAAGUUGGAA